UCUUUCUUAUUUCUUUCCCAUGACGACUAGGAACGGGCAAAUCAAGAAUUUCACUUCGAAUUCCGGACCUCAACAUCCUGCUGCUCAUGGUGUUUCACGAUCAGUAUUGGAAAUGAACGGAGAAGUGGUGGAACGUGCGGAACCACAUAUUGGAUCACUCCAUAGAGGGACUGAGAAAUUAAUCGAGUACAAAACUUAUCUUCAAGCUUUACCUUAUUUUGAUCGUUCAGACUAUGUUUCUACGAUGGCCCAAGAACACGCUCAUUCUUCAGCCGUAGAGAGACUUUUGAAUUGUGAGGUACCAUUACGAGCUCAAUAUAUACGAGUGUUAUUCUGUGAAAUAACUCGAAUUUCAAAUCAUUCACUUGCUUCAACUACUCAUGCUAUGGAUGUGGGAGCAUCAACUCCGUUCCUUUGGGCUUUUGAGGAGCGGGAGAAAUUGUUGGAAUUCUAUGAAAGAGUCCCGGGAGCCAGGAUGCAUGCCAGUUUCAUACGACCUGGUGGAGUGGCACAAGAUCUGCCUCUUGGCUUAUGUCGAGAUAUUGAUUCCUCCACACAACAAUUUGCUUCUCGUAUCGACGAAUUAGAAGAGAUGUCAACCGGCAACCGUAUCUGGAAACAACGAUUAGUGGAUAUUGGUACUGUCACUGCACAGCAAGCAAAGGAUUGGGGAUUCAGUGGUGUAAUGUUAAGAGGUCCUGGGGUAUGCUGGGAUUCGCGAAGAGCAGCACCUUACGAUGUUCAUGACCAAUCGGAUCUUGACGUACCAGUAGGUACCAGAGGAGAUCGCUAUGAUCGUUACUGUAUUCGUAUCGAAGAGAUGCGACAAAGUGUUCGGAUCAUUGUGCAAUGUCCUAAUCGAAUGCCUAGUGGCAUGAUCAAAGCCGAUGAUCGUAAGCUAUGUCCUCCAUCACGAUCUCGAAUGAAACUAUCCAUGGAAUCCUCAAUUCACCAUUUCGAACUUUAUACAGAAGGUUUUUCCGUACCAGCUCCUUCUACCUAUACCGCAGUUGAAGCACCUAAAGGUGAAUUUGGUGUCUUUCUUGUCAGUAAUGGGAGUAAUCGUCCCUACCGUUGUAAAAUAAGAGCACCUGGCUUUGCCCAUUCACAAGGACUCGAUUCUAUGUCCAAACAUCACAUGCCAGCAGAUGUAGUCACCAUCAUAGGUACUCAAGAUAUUGUGUUUGGAGAGGUAGAUAGAUAGGACGUAGUCUUGCUCGAUCAGGACCCUUGCUUUAUUGCGAGCCAAAACAGCUGCGCUAUUCAGUUCUACAUCUUUUUUUACAUUUAAAGAAAUGUGAAAAUGCAGCCCUUUAGUUUUAGUUACAGAUGUGAAAAAAGUAAAUAUCUCUCUGUCUGUGUAGGUUCGGUUUGUUCUUAUCGAUCCAUUUCUUCGAGUGUGGGUGUCCUACGCUACUUCCGUUCAUGUUUACGUUCUCAAAAGACCUUGGAAAAACCAACGCCGACCAAAAUCCAAGUCUCCCUUUCUCUUUUGGGAGCAGAGCUGAAAAAGAUGGAAAUAUGUGCUAUGUGGAAUCACCGUAUCUUUCACUUUGGGCUUGACCAAGCAAGCCAGGCGUCUUCAAGAACUUUUAGUUCAACAACGCGAAAAGGAAAUCCAAUUUCGGUAAGACUUUGUCUGAUCUCCAUGCGUCUCGUGGUGGCCGCCUUACCCAUUUUUCUAGUUCUAGUAAUGUGGUUUGGGUCCCAGGGGUCUCUUCCUAUCGAUCCCCAUAUUCUGGAGGCAGUCAAGGGAAGUUUCGUACGGCAGGGGGUGCUUACAAUUUGCCGGCUCCUGGGGUUCGAUAUGCCCGUUUUCAUUAUUAUUCUGGCAGCCAAAAUAUUCUAUAAAAUACUGUUUUGGUUGUGGGGAAUUUGACUAUGUCCGGGACAUACAACAAUAUUGUUUUCGAUGUAAGGAACCUUACGAAAAUUCCAAUUGAAAACAAUAUUGUUUUUAUUUAUGCAGCUGUUUUUUGAGUAUGGGAAACGUCCUCAGUUCUUCGAUUCAUUUUCCGAUCGGUAAUAUUUCCUGGUGUAGGCAUAGGAAACCGAGGCCCACCAACCGUAUACUUGUUGGUUUGGUGGGGAAAGAAGAGUGGGUAAGUGGGCUUCUUUCAAGGUUCGUACAUAUCCUCAACUUCGACCUGCAGAGCCAAAUUAUCUUACUUUUACCAGCUUAUUGCGCGUAUUCUGACAAGUGAUUCGAUCUCAUCAUCACCAUAAUUGUCGUUGUCAUCUAGAUUGCUUUCUUCACAAUCCUCGUCGUAACUGGCAUAUGUUUAAAGAGGGGCCUCCUCUCCUGCUUCCUGCAACAAAAACAACAAGAGAAGUGGAGUUUUCUAUCAGAACAAGACUAUUACAUACAUCAAGUAUUAUCAAUAAUCAAAAAGACUCUAAAGAGUAAGACGUACAUAAAAAUCGUCUUCUGUUUGAGAGUCGAAUUCAACGACCUUCCGGGCAGUUAUACUCGGGUACGGCUUGGAAGGCUUAGCGCCCUUAACCUGACAAUUUAAGUUCCCUAUUUAUUGAUUCGAUUCCCCAUUUCCUGGACAAACAACCAGGGUAGCUACUUGGUGAGUUAUACUUUGUACUCUUCGGUGGCUUAGGAAGACAACAUAGCAUUGAUUAUGAGUCAACAUUUUUCCCAUGUUUAAGAUAGUGAAAGCUUAAAACAUAUCUUCUCUUUCCCAUCAAGCUAGGCUAGGCAAGGUGCGCUUCCUUUCUGUAAGAAGAGAGUAGCAACGUUGUAAAUUCAUUGUUCACCACACUCUCUGUGAACUAUCAUCGGUAUUUAGAUGUGUAAGAAAAAUUACGAUUGAAAGCGAGUCAGGUUUAGCUCGUACAGAAGUCCAAACUUCAAAACUUGAUAAGAGAAGUCCUAACCUAUCGUCCAAAAUUACUUGCUUGCGGCAGCUCAAACGAAACUGCAUGGGCAAUCAUAACACCGCUGCUACAUUUCAAAGUUCCGGGAUCGGUGGCUAAACCUACAGAAAGAAAGGUUGUCCGUAAAAGCGAAGAUCAAUAUAGAGAUGCUCAGCAAUAGCCUCUUUCCUUUACCGAGACUAUUCCGUCUCAAAGUGAAUCUGCACUACUUUUGAUUUGAUUUGAUACAGACUGAAAGAAAUGCAUGCUCAAAUUCAAAAACGAACAAUCUCUUCCUUGGUGCUGAGAUGGGCAGGCUCCUUCGCGACUUCGAUCCGUCCAUUCUAUUCCAUCACUACUUCAGUACUUCAGAUCUCGUCCGUCGGUAGUGAAAGAAAUCAGUUCUCUUCCCGCUCCAGCUCAAUAGCAUGUGCUUUCCUGGCACUUGGAAAUCCGGAACAUCUGAAUGAGUGGAGUGAACCAAGAGAGGCACUGCUCCAGUGGAGGGUUCAUGGCCAUACCAUAGAGUGCUUUAACUGGAGAGGAUUGCAGAAGUGAUGAGCCGAAUUGUACCAAGCCAAUGGCAACCACUUAACCCACUGUUUUGGAGUAGAACUUACUGAGCACCUGAGAUACAUCUCAAGACACUGAUUCAUUCACUCUUUCAGUCUGCCCCUCAGUCUGAGGGUGAUAGGCAGAGCUCAACUGCAACUUAGUGUCCAAUAGCUUGCCCCUCCAAAAGGAGCUAGUGAACACCCUGUCCCUGUCAGAUACAAUAGUGGCUGGCACUCCAUGCAACUUCCCAAUAUUGUUUAGGAAAGUGGUAGCAACUGAAGCAGCAAUGUAAGGAUGUUUAAGAGGUCAAAAAUGGGCCUAUUUGUCUGUCUACCACUACUAAUAUAAAUAGAACAGAGAGCCCUUCCGAUUUAGUCCGGCCCUCAAUCCAUAGAUAUAUCUUUCCAAGCUCCAUCAGGUCUAUUUGUGCCGGUGCCGGGCUGCCAUCUCAUCUAUGAUGAAGAAUCUCUUGUCAUACCAACUCGUUUACUCGCUGGCACUCAAAGAAAUGCAAUUGCAAAAGAAAUGGUGAUUGGUGCGUUGCUUAGGGGGCUUUCUGCUUUCGAUGGUACAACCCAAGUCGACUACUUACCAUAAUAACCAGUGCUGGGCUCUCUCGCGAUAACAACCCACUUCGUUGCGCCUUUUUUCUUGAUGGGUAUGGGUGAUCUUUGGGGCGGGUUAGGGUUCCGGAUCAGGCAAAAGUAAGAACUAAAAACGGAUACUUUUGAAUGCUUGGGUUGCUUUGAUUGAAUCGAUUGAUUCACCCUUGGCCAGAGAAGAAGAUAGGGAAUUCCAUAGAGUCUUGAGAGUAGAAAGCAGCUGAUAUAGAUGCCACCCCACCAAAUAAAUCGUAGGUAGAAUGAAAGUAAGUGAUUACUGUAGUGCCAUGCAUUUGGGAUUACAGUGCCAAGCAUUCGUGCUGGGAUUUGAGACAGUGCCAAUCUCAUCUCGAACUAUUACUAGCAAAUAAAUCAUAGGUAGAAGGAAUCUCAGUGAUUACAAUUACAGCAGCGCCACGCCAGUAGAGUAGAUUCCGUUCGUUCUAGCAAUCAUGCCAGAACUCACUGAUCCAUGUGCUCCCAGAAGGAAGGAUCUCGUUCCCAUAGCAUAGCCUAUAAUGAAUGUGGCUUUCCCCCCCAUCUCCUAUCUAUAGCUUCUAUAGCUUAUAGCUGGAAUGACCUAUAUGACCGGAACCACCUAAACAUCUAUAUGACCGGAACGGAACCUCAACCUAUAUGUAUAUGACCGGAACCUAAACAACCUACUGGACUUGCUUUGCUACUUGAGCCUAAGCUAUAUGAUCUGAACCAACCCUAUCGGGACUAGAUCCUGUCUACGGACUUGAUCCUGUCAUGUCAACGGACUUGCACUUGCCUGUCAAUCUUGACGGACUUGAUUGUUUCAAUACGUCAAUCAAUACGGAUUCUCUUUCCUGUGGAAAUGCUAUCUACCUGGAAGGAAGGUUUGUUUCCCGAAGGAAGGAGAUGGAGAUUCUUUCGCUGGAGAGAUACUUUCUCAUUGGAGAGGAGAUACUUUCUCUUUUCGGGCUCGAAAUCUGUCCUGUCGAUUUCUCUGAUUUAAGGGCGCAAGCACAAUACUGCACUCUCCCUGCUUGCUCGCCCGAUCCGUCGAUCUUCUCGAGAGGAGCAGUUCAAAUCACCCUGUACGGAUCCAUUGGGAUCACCUAGAGCCGCGAGUCCAGUUGAGUGAAUCCUUUCAGGCUGGAUGGAUGCGGUGGGCUAGCUCUGCUCUCUUCUCGAAAUUGCAUAUUGCAUAGAGUAGUAUUGUACGAAACGAUAUCUCGUAACGGAAGGAUGGAAACCAAGAGAAAGAAGACAGCUCUAUCUCAGAAGUGAGCUCCGUCUCACAAGUUAGCUCCGUCGACACCUCGAGCUAUUCAAACGAGUGUUCAGUCAUCAGAUCUCAAUAUCGGGUUGGGAAUCUUUCUAGACUAAAAAGUUUCGUUUUCGUGGGUCGGUGUCAAGUCUAUCUCUCAUGUUGCUCCUCAGAAAACGCGUAGAAUAGUAAUGUCAUUGGCCCACUAGAUAAGGAUGGGACAAACGCUCUAGUCUAUGCGUUAGAAGGCAACUAGUAUUUUUGGUUAUUUUGGGAGGGAGUCUUUUUCUGUCUUGAGGGUUGGUUUGAUUGGAAAUCGAAAUGCCUCAACUUGAUAAAUUGACUUAUUUCUCACAAUUCUUCUGGUUAUGCCUUCUCCUCUUUACUUUUUAUAUUCUCUUUUAUAAUAAUAAUAAUGGAAUACUUGGAAUUAGCAGAAUUCUCAAACUACGGAACCAACUGCUUUCGCACCGGGGGAACAAGAUCCGGAGCAAGGACCCUAAUAAUUUGGAAGAUAUCUCGAGAAAAGGUUUUAGCACCGGUCUCUCAUAUAUGUACUCCAGUUUAUCCGAAGUAUCCCAAUGGACCGUCGACUAUUUGGGAAAAAGGAGGAAAAUCACUCUGAUCUCAGAUUUCGGAGAAAUAAGUGGCUCACGAGGAAUGGAGAGACAGAUUCUCUAUUUGAUCUCGAAGUCCUCAUAUAACACUUCUUCCAGUCGGAUCACUUGUUGGAAAAACAUAAUGCUCACACAUGUUCCACACGGGCAAGGAAGCAUAAUCUAAUGAACUUAGAUUCUUUUCUUUCUAUAGGACUGAGGAUCCUUGCCUAGAUCCAGAAAAAGUUGGAUGCGCCGGAAGCUGAAGCGGAAAUGCAAUUCUCGGGUGAGGAAAGGGUUGUCUCAGGUACGCCUGGGGCAGGAUUGAAUCGAUGUACCUAAGCUAAACUUAUAAGAUUGAACCACCUAUAGACGGAAUUAGGAGAGCUGAGGUUUAAUCCAAGACCAGGAAAGCACCAGCUAUAUCGAAGCCCAAUGCCAAGCAAAGCCCUAGACGGAAAGUGAAGAAAUUGGCUUCAAGCUUCGCCCUUAACCCAAGAUGAGGUGGAGCCUUACCCCGACACAAGGUGGGACCCUCCCAUUAGGAUAGUGGGCUUAGUCAGACCAACAUAGGUUGUCAACCAAAAAGGAGAAGCUCCCGUUAUUGUUGGUUUAUGGACCUAAGACGAGAGGAUUGGGCUUAGAACAAGACCUUUCGGUGGAUAUGAUCACAUCUUCAUGACAAUAGGUGUACACCUUUGGCCUCACUCAAGGUAAUGGGUGACCAAACCUAACGAGUCUAAACAAAUUGGAUCUUAUUGUGUGACAAAAACUGAGAUUGGGAAUGCUUGGCAGGUAUUUGAGUACCAGUAAAUUAGGGAAAUCAAACACAUAAAGAAGUUUUCUUUCCAAGCCUGGUAACACCACACUUAAGUAAGUCGAUUCAGAUUAGCCAACAAGCGAAUCCAUUCCAUUAACUCAGUCAACUCUUUCUGGUAAAAGUGCUCAUCAUUACUACUAUAUAUAAUAUAAUAUAAUAUAUAUAGUAAAUUACAGACAACACUCAAUGCUAAUGAGUGGAUCAAGUCAUUUACUAGUCAAUGAACUGACUAAACCCUGUCUGUUCUGGGAAUUGACCCACUUAACUAUACUCUUAGGGCAAGCCGCCCUGUGGUAAUUAACUCCGUAAAAUCUGUAUCAGUCUUGAGGCAAUUUGGAAAUGCUAGACAAAGAUAUUAAUCAGAGUCAGUCAAUUCCCUAGCUACAGUUAAUAUGAAAAAUCCCGGGUAGGUAAUUCAAACACGCCCCACCCAAUAGGUGAAUCUUUCAAAGUGUGGGAAAUCUCCCCUUUCUUCAAUCCUAGAAUCGAUGCCUAAGAAAAAGGGUAUAUCUAUUAAAAUGCUCAACCCAUUCAUGCGAUUCAAUCCUCUGCUCUGAUUCUAUUAAAAAGGAAACACUCCACUAAGUCGUACACACUCCCCAAUAAGUCUGGUAAUUAAUUCGUUCAAAUCAAUGCUCGGUGCAGCAGGUAAUGUAACUUAAUCAAUCGCAAGCGGCAAAAGAACUCAAACUCAAUCCACAAUCCGUCUCGCUCGUCUGGGAAAGAAGAGCAGGCUGUUAGGCAAGCCGGCUUUAAUACAACCUCUAGGGAAGCCAGGAAAGUUGGUAUAUACUUUGUACCAAGUACCAAACUUUUGAAACAGUUUGAAUCCAAUAAGGAAGAAAUGAAAAAGCUAGGCCGAAGGAUGAGAUGGCAUUUCAAGAGAAUAGUCGAUCAGUAUGGCAGGAAGAGGUCUCUUUGUCAAAUCCUCUAUCAUCUAAAGCUGGGUCAGAAACUUCCUUUAGGAGCAGAAGAAUUUGCAGGCCGUAGGACAAAGCUUCCAUUCUCGAAGAAACUAGCCAAGUUUGAAAACACUUAAGAGGGCUGGGUAUUGAAAGAGUCUGGCAGGAAGAAGUAUAGUACCAAGCGGCAGUAAGCCUCGAUUCGAAUUAGCAGAGAGGUCAGUUUUAGGAGGUCGGUGUCCAGUGGAGUUCAGCGAGAAACUCAAAGUAAUACAUACCUAUUUGUUGCGAUGUGAUUGCUUCGCACCUUUCAAUAUUUCUUUUACUUCUAGUGCUAUCUUCCAUCCGUUCCAGUUCAUGGAUCUUCUUCUUGUUGUAGAACGAGAAUUGGAUUGAUUCCUAUAGUUUAGUUCUCUAUUUGCAAAUUCAUUACUUAAUAACGAUCUUAUAGGCUUUGUCUCAGGCAGAUCUGGAGCGACUGGAUUGAACAGAAAGUACUCUCACACUAUAGAAAAAAGUAAAGUCCACUAAAAGUACAUGCACUCUUUUCUUACACUUAUAGAGGUUCGAAGAAAUGAGUAAAAGGUAGACUAAGUGAUCAAUCAAGAUCUUGUCUCAAAACCUACUCUUAGAAGGCUCAUUCCAGCAGCCUUAGCACAAGCAAGUAGACCGUCACAAAAGAGAAUGAAAUCAAAACCGGAGAAUGAAAUGCUUUACUUAUAAUACUAAGACAACCAGGCACUUCACUUCAGGCUUUGAUCCGCGACUUACAGAACUGUUUUGCCUGACAUUCAAUCGUUUUCUUGUCUUUUUUUCUUCCCACUACUAUAUAUAAUAUAACCUUUAGAUUUUAUACUCCAUCCAACCACUCUCUGUUCCAUUUCUCAUUCCUUAUUCCUGAAAGGAUAGGUUCUUUAUUCCAGCUGUUCGUUAGAAUCUUAGCUCGAAUUCAAUGUUCGGAUGCUCCAUCCUUCGCGUCCAAUCCCUGUCAGGAGGGGCAGCUUCCUCGAGUCCGGUCUCGGAAGCUGGGGCAAAAUAGGCCAGUCUAUCUGAGGGAACGGGACCUACAAUCAGGAUCUCUUCCGCGGAUCUCUUGCCUUGCUUCUUGACUGGAACCUGGCACUUUUAGCGUGCAUCUAGUCUGCAUAUCCCUUUCUGCAAAUCUCUAUUAGCUCUGCUGCAGAAGUGGAAUGUGAGCUUGGGAAUACCCUUCCGGUUUCCAGAAUCCUAGCUUGAUUUCUUGCGUUUAAAGGCAGGCUUGACCAACCACAUCACAUAAGCCAGCGCAGCGAGAAAACUGAUUCUUCCACGGGAUUCCGCUUCCUACGAAACAUACGUUUUACGAAUUAACGGUUACCAGUAGCGAGCGAUCCUUUCCUACAAGGUAAGGCCAUGGACAAAGGUUUUUUAUCUACCCCAGCGGGGGCAGUUUUAGGAGUCUUUUUUCAAUCCAUCUUACUUUGAAUCCGGGCUCGCCUUCACUCGGUCAAGGGGUUGCCCUUUACCUCGUUCCGUGGUCCUUUAUCCCCUCCUUGCUUGCCUAGUUUUAUUCCUUUCCGAGGCCCAAAAGCCAAGCAUCACAAUCAGAGGGUUAAUCCUCCAACCAGAACCAACUUAACCUAUGGAUAGUCUCCGCCGGCCUAGGCGGAGAUGGCCAACUGAUAGAUACUUAUCCUGCCCAGCGGGUGCUACUUCUCUUCUUUCUCCUAUUUGCUUUGCUUGACGGUGAAACCUAUCGAUCAUAUCCGGAAGUUGCUUAACACUACCCUCGAAUGCAAGUCAGCUCUUCGAUUCUCGAGAAUCGGGGUGGGCCAGGUGAUUAUUUGAUUUCCAAUAUGGAUAUAAUGAUGUGUAAGAACUGCACCACCGAUAUAGCACCCUUCCUCGGACUAAGGAUAUUCGUACUCCCAGUGCUCUUGCUUCCUUUGCACCCCGGCUCCGAAGGAUCAGUAGGGAGGACUCCGGAUGCCAGUAUCGGAAUGGAAACAUUCCUCGAAUGAUAUGAUGGUUGUGAUGCCCCGUUCGUGAUACCCAGGGAAGGGGACUACAUCAUACUUCUCUGAUCCAGUCCUUUCUUUAUUGACAAUAUUUAUUAGUUGACCACUUUACUAGGCUUUCCCUAACAAAAGUAUUCCGAGUGACCACCCUAUUGUCACUUUACUGUCCAGUUCGCGAGUCCCACUCACUUAUUUUAGUCAAACCGACCCUAACUAAAACUAAGUUAAGUAUAGUACUUUUCUCAAUGCUGCCCGCCUCUCAUCUGUUUUCUAAUCAGCUUCUAUCUUCUGUUCCAACCAAGGAAGCUCUUCUAUUCAACCGGUUCGUAUCGCCAGGCCCCUCAGGGGGUACGGUUUAUCUAAUCACACUGCUCGCUACUACAGGGAUUCCUUCUCCUUGCCGAGUUGCAGGUGUUACCACCCUAGAUAUUCUAUUUAUUAUUUGUAUGCUGCCUUCUCUCCUUCAUCUGGAUUUUUGAGAUGAUUGUUAUGUUAGUUCUUCCUUCUAUGUUGUAAGGUGCAAUCUCAUCCGAUGUUUGCCAGUUUGCCCGAGUCUUCCCGAUUCUUAUCCAGCCCAGCUAGAUUGGACCAACAUCAGCGGUGCUUCUAUUAACCCUUGCUUCUCUACUAUUCUUAGGUCUUAGGAGAACCCUAUCUUCCAUAUUCCUAAUCCUCAAGUACAGUAGGCCGCACUCUUCGAUCCUUUGGUCCUAGAACACCUUUUGUCGUAAACUAUACUCUACAUUCCCCCUCGGUCUACUCCGCCAAAGUAGCGACAAGAUUCAAUUGCUGGUUCGAUUCCAGCUCGCUAUCCGACGGUUAAUCCUUUAACCAGAGAUCAGCAUCCAAGGGUUAUUCCUUGAACCAGUGCUUCCUAUCGAAUCGAUCAUUCUUUACUUACUUUAUUAAGAUUAAGUGGGCAUCCCUCACUGAAAAGAGAAUCAAGCAGGAAAACCCUAGGACGAGGGAUAGUGAUAUUCCUUUCACCGAGCAAGAAACCAUCUCUUUCUUUCACAUAUAUAUAUCUAUUUCAAGAAGUCCAAUCCACCACUAUCAAUGGAGCACUCUACUCUAUACUAUUACCGAGUGAAGAUUUCAUCGGAUCCGGCUUGCUUUCAUUGAAGGACAAGAGCGGAUAGUUCCCUUCCCUUUCUUCGAUGAACCCUUAUCUUUCGAUAGAGAAGUACAGCGAGAUGAACGAUAAGUCGAACGACAGAACAACCUGAUGUUACUGCAUCAAGUAAUUCAGAUUGUCAUAUUGAGAUUUUUUCCUUUUUUGUACUUAUUAUUCCAAGCCAAAAGGCUAUGUUCUCCCCCAUACAGCUCGCAAGGCUCAUAACCUAACUGCUCUACUUACUUAAUUCUUAAUUCAGAAAUUCAACAACCCUCCCUUGAAGGGCCAAAACAACAGCAGAGUAGCAGGUCAAAAAGAGAGAGAGAACUGAAACCGAAGAUACUUGGGUUGGGAGAACUCUUCUACAGUACUCCAUUAACAGAAUAAAAGUAUAGACCAAUCAGCCUUCCUUAUUGUCCAAGAUCAUUACUAAAGUGUUGGCCAACAGACUAGUACCAGUGGUGGAUAGGAGAGUAAGUCCCAGACAGCUAAGAUAAACUCCCGGGUAGUGUUGUCACUGCACAAGAGGUGCGUAACAGGUGUAAGCAAAGAAGAGAGCAUAACACUGGAUUUAGAAAACGAGCAUAUGAUAUGGUGAGACAACUUUCUCUUUUUUGAGGUGAGAUGCUAGCCAGCCCUCUAUUCAUGGGUGAGAUAUCGACUUUACAGCGUUACCACGUACCAAAUCGUUCACUCUAUCAGGCAGCCGGAAGUGCAUCUCUUCUUUUUGCAGGACUUCUUCCUAGCUCCGUGGAACGAAGAGUUGGAACGAAUAGUAGAAUGUUGGGCAGCAGGAAAGACUAGUUACAGAAAAGCCAGCCCCAGUUCAUUCUGGCUAUUGCAUCCGUGGAAUGCAUAGUUAGCUCCGUUUUCAAGUCCCACCCUACCUACUUAUUAGCUUGCCCUGUUUCUAAUGCGCUGUGGACCUUGCUUGUUGGCUUCGUCGACCAAUUCAAUUCCUUGUGUCGGCUCCGAUCUAACUAGUAAGAAGAAAGAUAGAUAUAUAGAAUUGGGUGGGCAGAGUUGGCUUGCUUCCAAGAGAAUAAACACCUGGCGACUCGAAAACAUGAUGCGCUAGGUUUCGAUCAGUUAAUCGAGAUAGGCUGUACUUUUCAUUCGAUUUUGUUACCACGUGCUUUUCACUUCAUGAUCAUGGCUCAUUUUCCUAGAACACCACAAAAAAUCUCCCUACCAGUUUUAUGAGAGUGCUCAGUCAACUUCCUAUAAGAGUUCUGCUUUUGCUAAUCAAAGACAGACAUCAAUCCCUCAUCCUACUCUGUCUGUCAGUCGGUUACUCAGUUCUGUUAGCUACUCACGUGUCUAUACUAAGCUAAGAUAUUCCUCAUUCUUGCACAGGACAGGACAGGAGAGGGGAUUGCCUUAGCUACCGGUACCGAACUCCGAUCAAACUAAAACGAAAAGCUUAACCGAUUCUUGUAGAGUCCUUAGCAUUAGAUAAUGCAUGCGCACACAAGAGGAAUGAACUUGCCUUCUAGUGAUUUGGAAGGAUUGAGUCGGCUGCCCCCAGCCUCGCCCCGCAUCGCCCUCCGGGGGUAGUUACGCCAGUGGAACCAACUCACAAAGCAGCCCAAAAGCAGGAACUUUUCUUGAUUGAAUUGGUUUAAAGGUAAUUCAUCAAUCCUUAAAUUAUUCCAGGAUUCUUUUGGGAUGCUAUCCACCCUUUGAUUUACGAAUUGGCUAUAAUAUUUACUCUGGAUCCCUUCCAGCUGCAAGUCAAGAAGGAUCCUUUGAAACAUUUUAGGAUUAUACUCACAAUUGGUUUGGGGGUUUCGUAUUGCAUUGCCCGCACUAUCCAUAUCCUGGAACAGGAUUGAUUUGGCCAUGGAAAGGGCCAGCUAAACGCCUAAGCUCUGAAAGUACGGAUUGCUUCCCUUCAUAGAUUUUAUUAGUUAAUUUGAGAAGUUCCUCUGGGCUCCUGGUCCUUUCCAGAUACUGCAAACUCAAAUUAUGAAAUAUGAGAUCCCUGCUACUCAGAGUCAGAGACCCGAAAGGACGUGGUGGACUCCCUGGUUCCCCCUCAUCUGCAGGAGAAAUUGAAGAAGGUGCAGCCCCGCCCCCUGCGGAGUGACUCGGGGCCGGCGGUGGAGUAGUACCUGACUGGGUCGAGUAGGCACCCUCCUCAGGGCUAAGUGGCGGAUCUAGAAAAUAGUCUGAGCCGUCAAGAACUAUUUCAGGGGGCAGACCCGAGUGCUCUAUUGGAGCUUUGCCCUUGCCCUUAUCUUGGGCUUGACAGGUAGACUAUAAAGAGAUUCAGUACAGCAAGCCUGACACUCAUAUUUAUUAAUAUAAUGGGGACCCAGAGAAAGAUAAUAGAGAGCCAUCUGCCAAUAGGCAGAAUAGAUUCCACACUCACUUCAGAUUCUGGGUGGGUAAAGGGAAACGUGAUCUCUAUUCUGAGAGGGAGCGCGGUCGAGCAUAGACUCGGCAACAACCAAUACAUCCAAUACCACAGUAGGCCCACGUACUACAGCUUAAAUGUACUGUAUGUGCCAUCAUAAACCAUUUCAGUCGUAGUACCUAACCUACCAGGCACUUGUUUGCCACCAAGAUAACCUAAUUAACGUGAAACCAACUGUAUUUCCGCUGUAGUACCUACCAGGCUUGUAACCAAGCUAAGUGAAAUUGAAAAACAUUUUCGCUGUACUACCGCUCGUGUAACCGACGUAAUCGGUCUUAAACACCUAUAAUAUAAGGAACUCGUGUACAACCAUAACAUUUAUAUAUUUCACAGGUGUACCACCGUAACCAAUUUCACUCGUGUACUACAAAGA